UCUUGGGCUCACCAAGGAAAAGAAAAAAAGCCAGCACACCGUUUCAGCACACCGAGGUAUAAACUGAAUGAAUUAUAGCGAGGGCUCCAAGCAAUCAUUGGUUCCCCUCCUUUCCGCAUUAAUAAGGAUGACAAGAAGAGGUUGCACCGGAGGACGAAUUCACGCAUGUCGCCCCGACUUUUCCCUGAACACCGGAGUAAAGGAUUUCGACUCUACUUAUCCACCAAUGGUUUAGCACCGAAAACGACCAGGCCUUAUUAUCUACAACCGCCCGCGUGUGUUGUUGAAGUAAAAUGUUCAUGGACGUGUUUUCUACGCUUAGUUGUAAAUCUCCGGUGCGCUGCUUCAUUUUGAAGUGAUUUGUCCUCGGGUAACGGGGAUUUUUUUGUACCAGAACUGGACAGCAGUCACUCUUGUAUUAUAGAACACCACUCAGGGUGAUCUUACAGGCUGCCCAGACGGUAAUACCAUCACACGUCAGUAGACUGGCUUCUUGAACAGGUGAACAGGCCAUUGUUGGUUCACUAUUUUAAUUUACAGCAAUGUACACUUUGAACUCUCAGUCAAUCUCUUCAGCGUGUUGAUAUAAUAUGCUCAAUAGAUUCAACUCAGAAAUCAGUCUUUUUUAUUAUUCUCUGUGUAGCGACGUAGUUUAUAUACACACGACGACGCGUCGAUGCACUGUGUGAGGGCUAUGCUUGUUGUGGACAACGGUUGUCAUUUUCAUCACUCGCACCAUGUGGACAUAUACGUAGGGAUUCCGUGUCGGCACUGAGGAAAGAGUUUCUUUCGGGAGAAACGGGAAAGUGAGAUAGAGAGAAUCGCCGUCUUUAUAAAAGGCAAAGAUGGAGGUCGAUUUGAAGAUGCUUGUUGGAACGGUGUUUUUGUUGUCACUGGCUGUUGGUGCACACCUGGCCAAUUUGUGUAAAGAACCUGAUAAGAGCUCCGACUUCCUUGAGACCGGUUUCUCAAUAUCGGUGCUCCUACCGGAGUAUCCUCUUCCAUCAGGAAACGUCAUCACUCCUCAUUUUCCUUAUUUUGCUCAGAUGGUACGGCCAGCCAUCGAUAUCGCAGCUAAGCGGUUUCCACACUUCCUACCCAACCACAAUGUGACUUUAAUGUACGGAAAUACCAUGUGUGAUUCGGGUGUUGCGUUAAACGUCGCCCUGGUCGAUUGGUUAGACCGAGGUGCCAAUGCGUUUAUAGGACCAGCCUGUGAGUACACUUCCAGCCAGGUCAGUCGGUUUUUAGGAUACCGAAAUGUGCCGAUGGUCACCGGUGGUGCAAUGGCGUCCGGUUUUCGAAUGGACAGUGACCAUCCGACGAUAACGAGAACGCAGGCCCCGUACCGCAAAAUGGGAGAAUUCGCUCAGGAUUUCUUUGUAAAACAAAACUGGAGCCGUGUUAUUAUGGUGUACAGACGGGAGGAGGAUCAAAUCCGAGAUUGUUGGUUCGCGAUGGGAUCCAUAUACCGUGUUCUGUACGAAGCAAACUUUCACGCCACUCAUAUGGGUUUCGACGAAGUCGUAUUCGGCUCCAGUGAUUAUUUGAAUUUGUUGAAGGAAGAUAUCGCGCCGAAAGCCCGAAGUAAGUUGUCCCCUUUAUCAUGCCCUUUCUCCCCCACAUGUCAUUCCCUCCCAUAGGUAACCCAGCCAAAAGCAUUUUAACGAUUGGCGUGUUUCGGCGCCAAAAAGAAAUCGUACAAAGUAUAUCACACUGAGCAAGAAUAUGUUUAGUGUAAAGCACGACUAUGUUAUUUCCAUGCACUUGAAACCCAAACCUUGGCUUCGCUAUUCGAA